GACUGUCCUGUAGGAAGUUUAGUCUCUUGUUCACACGCUUAAAGGUAAGCAGCACUCCAUGGCUUAGUAGUGAACAAAGAUUUAGUAGAAGAGACUCAUUUCUAAGACCAUGAAGAGAUUUUGCUAUACAUCAUGCCCUACUACAGCUCUGUUGAUGAUGCUGGUCUCAGCCUCUGUGAAAGAGAGCAAAUGUCUACCAGACCCUCAUCAGAGAGAGCUAUUACUCCAGGAGGAAGCCUCCAGGCAGAUCGGUGGCAGAGUGGCGCUCAGUGCGGCAGAGCUUCGUCUUGACUCUUUACUUCAUAAACUGAAAGAGCAAGAGAUGAAGGCUUCACAUUUUCCUCCAGCUAUGCACUUCUUUAAAGCAAAGCCUUACAUCCAAAAAAGUCCUGUGUUUAAACUUUUACAAAAAAUGCCAAAAGGUGCAAUCCUACACAUCCACAGUUCUGCGCUGGUAAGCGUGGACUGGCUCGUGAUGAACGUAACCUAUCGGCCUCACUGCUAUGUUUGUUUCACUUGGACGGGUCACGUGCAGUUUGUAUUCUCUGCAAGGCAGCCGUUCCAACGUUUAGGCUGCUCUCAAUGGAACCUGUUGGAGAAACUGAGGGCCACCAUGAGUGACGUACCUGCUUUUGACAAGAGUUUGAUGCGGAACCUCACGCUCUUCACUGAGGAUCCCGAUGCGGCUUACCCGACCCAGGACGAAGUGUGGAAUCAGUUUGAGCAAAUAUUUACCUCAAUCUCAGGGCUGAUCACCUAUGCACCUGUUUUUAAAGAUUACCUCUAUCAAGGCCUCCUGCAGCUCUACAAUGACAAUAUCAUGUAUCUGGAGCUGAGGACAGGUCUGUCCCAGACAUAUGAGCUUGAUGGCACUCUCCAUGACAGAGUAUGGUCUAUUCAAACCUACAAAAAUCUAACUGAGCAGUUUAAGUUGGAGCAUCCAGACUUCAUUGGGAUGAGAAUAAUUGUAUCUGUCCAUAGGAUACAGAACUUAUCUAUGAUCAAACAAGCAGUAAAAGAUACCAUAAAGAUGCAAAAGUACUAUCCAGAGAUCAUCGCUGGCUUUGAUCUGGUUGGGCGUGAGGAUGGAGGAAAUUCUAUAUGGUAUUAUCGGGAUGCUUUAUCAGUCCCAACUCAGGUUAAAGCCAAACUUUCCUAUUUCUUCCAUGCAGGCGAGACUGACUUGUACAGCACAGAUGUUGACAGGAACAUUCUGGACGCUCUGUUAUUUAACACUACACGUAUUGGGCAUGGUUUUGCCCUGGCACAUCAUCCCCUGGCGAAAGAGCUGUCCAGGAAAAUGGGAGUGCCAGUGGAAGUAUGUCCUAUAUCCAAUCAGGUGCUGAAGCUGGUCUCAGAUAUGAGAAAUCACCCUGCUGCAGUGUUAAUGUCAGAGGGACAUCCAAUGGUGGUGAGCUCUGAUGAUCCCACCUUGUUCGGCACUGACGGACUCACCUAUGAUUUCUACGAAGUCUUUGUAGGAAUCGGAGGUCUGAGUGCCAAUGUAGGAACGCUGAAGGAGUUGGCAAUGAAUUCAAUCAGGUACAGUUCCUUGCCACCGGUGCUUAAGGAAAAGGCCAUGGCUUCAUGGCAACAAAAGUGGAACAAAUUUAUAGCAGAGAAUUCACCACAGGGAGAAGAAAGAACACUUGAAUAAUAAUUUCACAUAGAAAAAU